AGCCUGUGGACCCUGGCCCGGGGACCAGGGUCCUCUGGACAUGCUUGGUCCUGUGAGGAGCAGCUGGGAAUGCAGCUCUCACCGAGGAGACGUGUAGUAGACGCGUUUGUUGGCGCUCGUGUGGAGGACGUGGAGGGCGGUCUGCGUGUGUGUGGGAUCUGGCGCCGACUUAUGCUCGACAUCAUGGAUUCGCCGAAGGAGUUGAACCUUCAAGACAAAAAGGAUUUGGACAAAUUUUUAAAAUUCUUCGCACUCAAGUCUGUACAGGUGAUUGUCCAGGCCCGGCUAGGCGAGCGCAUCAUCACCAAGUCCAGCGCCUCGUCAUCUGGCUCCGACUGGUUUAACCUGGUGAUCAGAGACAUUCCGGAAGUGAGUCAGGAAGCGAAGAGGGCCAUGGGGAACCAGCUACCUGGAGUUGGCAUGCCCAUGUGCGUGGAGGUCUCCCUGAAAACAUGCGAGGGUGAUUCCAUGGGACUAGAAGUUUGGAGCUUGGAAAUGAAUGAGAAGUGUGAUCACGAGGUGAAGGUCUCCUACACUGUGUAUAACCGUCUCUCUCUGCUUCUCAAGUCACUGCUGGCCGUCACACGCGUCACGCCGGCCUACAAGCUCUCGCGCAAGCAGGGCCAUGACUACGUCAUCUUGUACAGAAUCUAUUUCGAUGAAGUCCAGUUGGGGUGCCUAGGUGAAGGUUUUCAGACUCUGCGUGUGGGCAUGGUGGGAACACCAGAGGGCACCAUUACCCUGGGUUGUGCCUACCGCACCAACCUCACUUUCAUUGCCAACAGGCAGUUGGAACAAAACAAGCCCUUGAUGGGUAUCAUUAUUGAUCACUUCUCCGACAAUCCCCGGCACAGCUCAUCUGCCGCCCAGCCCUGCAUGCACAGGCGAGCAGGCGGUGGGGAAGAGACAUGUGGCUCUACCGAUGACUUCCAGGACAUGUGCGCAUCCUCCUUCUCCACGUCGCCUCCGUCGCAGGUGCAUUGUGGAUACCAUGAUGAGGGAGAUGGAGGUGGCCCAUCAUCACUGCCGCUUAGGCCAAGUGGAGCGGGGAGGAGUGGGGUGCAGGACCUGCUGCUCUUCCCUGUGUGUCGCAAGCCAGGGGCUUUCGUCAGUAAACCACCUACGCAGGUGUCCCCGGCACUUGACCUCCCGUUUGCGUCGUUUGUGCGAGAAGCCACGGCAGAAGAGGGUCCCCCCAGCUCUCCGCUCCCCGGGUCCCCUGAGCACAGUGGUCCCCUGGAGUCCCUGCACGGCUCCUUGGGGUCCCCCCAUGGAUCCCAAAUCCUGCAUGACGACUUCAUCAUUGUUGACCUGAAGCCGGCGUUCUCCAAAGAUGACCUCCUGCCGAUGGACCUUGGAUCCUUCUAUCGCGAAUUUCAGAACCCCCCACCCCUCAGCAGCUUCUGCAUUGAGAGCAUCACCCAGUCAAUGGCGGAGGAUUUUGACUCUCUACCGGAGAAGCUGGCUGAAUAUGAGCGCAGCAUGGAGGAGUUUGAUUCUUUUGUAGAGACGCUACAAUGAAGGCCGGCGUCUACCCACUCUGCCAGCUUCCACUCUAUACAGCCGUCCUCCGCCCUCCUCCAACGCUGCCUCGUCACUCAGACCCCGGCGCACACUUAGAGCCGACACUCACCCUUGUCCGUAGCCAAAGCAACGCUUCCCCUCCACUUAGCUCUCAUUUACCAUUUGACCCCGCUACCUCUGUUAGCUGGGUGCAGUACACUAAGCCCAACGUUAGCUCUAACCCCCAACUUCCUCUUCACUCCGUACUGUGACCCCUGCCACCAACUCGGCAGCGGUGUGCAGCAGCAGCAGUGAAACUUGUGCCUCAUUGCAAGGAUCUGGGUUCGAUUUCUGACUCGGCCACUUUUCUGAGUGGAGUUUGUAUGUUCUACCCAUGAUUUGAAUGGAUUUCCAGGUUCUCCAGUUUCCUUCCAUAGCUAAGAAACACUAAAAAUGUGUGUUGGCCAAACAUCCCAAUGCAGAAAAAUUAUAUGCAAAUUGCUUCGUAACGUCACCCCCUAAGAGUAAAGAAUUGCCAGGAAAAAGUGUAUUGAGACUCAGUCUUCUGGGUGACAAGCAUAAUGAAAACAAUCUAAUUUCUGAGCCAGACAAGUCACCCUCACCUUACCCAAGGGGGUGACCCUGAGCCCCCAAAUAGAUCUGCUCGAUCACCACCUCUCCCCAUUCCACUGUCCUCUCGGCACAUCUCCACAGGUCCCUGAAUGGUGUGGCUGGCCCACGCCACGCUGCCACACCUGUGCAACGCAUCCCAAAGUUUUGCUCGUGCGAAGUUCAUCUGCCAGCAUGUAGAAUACACAAGCAGCCAGCACAGAGACUGCUCUCUCGGCCGACGCAAAAACCACAUGGGGAUUAGAGGUCACGGCUGCCCUGGUCUCACGCGCGCAGGAGUCGCUCGAGAUGGGCACACUCCCCGUGCCGCUCUCGUUCCGCGGCACGCACCCCAUGCAGGAUCUCCGCGCGCGUGCGGCACUCGCGACGUGGGUCGGAGUGAACGAGUGGUGCGACAUUCACGCCGAGCUUUUCGUUUUGUGCCUGGUCAGGCCAAUGGUGAAACCCGCGGUUUGUAGGCGGUUGUCCCGUGAGGCGCGGUUGAUGCGACGACGUGCUGCAGAGCGCAGCCCUUGGCGUGUCCUCUGACACCGUUACUUCGUUUCCAUGAUCGCUUGGAACCAGGUUCUGCUGGGCCAGUAUCGGCCGGGGUCAUUCUCACUCUCCGUGAGCCAUGGGGCUUCACAGUCUCGGUCUCUCCCACUGUUACCAUCCACCCUAUCCCUCUUCGCCUUGGUGAAGGCCAGGGAGUGAGUUAUCUUAAAUAUGUAUAUAUUUUAACAAAGCUAAACGUAGUCGGUCGUUACGUUAUUCUAAUUGGUUAAUCCAUUUGAUGACGUUUAACAGAGCACACGUGUGCUCUACUUGGGAUCGGCCUGGCUUUUGAGAAGCGAGCCCUAGGGAGCUGCGAUUGCAGCGGCCUCGCCGGCUCUGGUACCGGUAGCCAGCACAGUUCCCACUGGCCACGGAAACGAAGCGAAUGUAACGAGGUCGUAACCCUCGGGAGGGCUGGGGGGUUUGUGGUUUUCUGCUGACAUAGUCCGGGAAGGAUCAUAUUUUUAAAAUAACGUCCGGUUUACUCCAGGCAUGUAAUGUUUAAACAAGAGAUGACAUGUUUUUGAAAGUUAUCCAGCCAAUAUGCACUUUUGAGGAUAUUUAUUUCCCGUUAUUUUAAUUCCAAUUUGGUUAUGAUCCAAGAGCAAGUUGGGGAGAGGCCCCUCAGAGAGCAUCGCUUUAUCGUUUCCUUUGAGCGUCACUCGUGGCCUGUGCACGUUUGUACAAUAAACGCCAUCGACCUGAUAACAAUGCCGCUGCCGCAUCAGACUUCCUCCUGUCUUCUGUUUGACAAGGCAUUGGGAACACUGGUGGUCAGUCGUCUCCUGUCACGCGUCUAUAGCUACACCAUGGUUACUGUUCUAUUAAACCUUGCUCGUCGGUUUAUCGACCCCUGUU